CAAACUUGCUUUCCAACCUUCACAUCCCGAAUUCAUCAACUCUCACACUCAGUCGUUGCAUCUCACCCGAUCUUUGAGCCAAUCUUGAAAUCACUCGCAACACCCCACUGAGCGCCAGCGUUCAAGAUGACCAUCCACUACUCGCUUUGCUUUGGCCUGUUGGUCUCGGAGAUGAUCGUAUUCUUACUGCUUAUUCUGCCCUUUCCCUUCAAGAUCCGUCGCGCAAUCUUCCGUUUCUUUGCGACGAAUGCCAUCGUUGGAAAGGUCUUGUAUGGUGUCAAGAUCAGUAUCAUCUUCGUCUCCAUUCUGUUCGUUGAUGCCUGUCAGAGACUGCUCAAGACCAUGGCAGAGCGUCAACAAGCCAAGGAGCAGCUGGGCGUCCGCGACACGGCUCACCAUGAUAUGCUUCUGAGACUCGCUUUUGCACAGAGAAACUGCUACCUUUGCGGCUUCUGCCUCUUCUGCUCCCUAAUUCUUGCACGCACUUAUGCCCUCAUCACUGAGCUGAUCCAAGCUCAAGAGGCUGCAGGCAAGACUCAAGCCGAACCUGCUAGCGACUCCAACGUUGCUACUCUCAAGAAGCAGGUCGCUCAACAGCAAGCUGAGUACAACCGACUUGCUGACGAACUGGCCGCUGUCAAGGGAGAGGCCGCGAGGACGAGGGACGAUUAGUGUCUUGUACAGCGAGCGGCUUCGUUUUGAGCGAAAGGAGGUGCAGUUGGCCCGUGUGAAAGCUCGAGGCAGUGAUCGCAGUCGCAGACAGCGAAAAUCUGGUGCAAUGCCACACUGUAGUCAAACGCCCUCUUCGAGUGAACAACGACGAAAAGUCACGGAAGAGGUUCGAGGCAGUCUUGCUACCCAUGAAAGCGAUAAUCAAAGGAUGUAUUGUCCACAACUUAAGGCAAGGCAAGAUGGAGCGAGCGAUAUAGCGAAACAAAUGAGCGUAUGUGUGGUCAGAGGUAGAGGUCGGAACGUGUGAGAGGGGAGAGAAUCGAUGUGAACGAAUGGUAGCAUGUCUGA